AUGACUUCUGUGGCCAAAGACGACUUGUAUAUAUUUUCCUUGGACGAGAAUGUCAAAAACAGUCUAAGCCUUCUUCAUUUUGACGAAUCUGCUGCUGUUGUGGCUGUCAAUGACGCUCCAGUUCAAACCCAGAGUCACUCCGAAAACCACAUAGUCGAUCCCAAAACCGAGCCCGAAAAGUCCAAAGACUACUAUAAAUCAGAUCUUCAUCGUCUCAAUCUCAAGAGACAGGUCAAUUCGCUUCCACCGCUUACAGAGGAUGAAUUUGAUAAACUUAUAGAGACCCAAUCGGUGGAGAGCAUAUCUGGAUCAGAGGAGAGUGAAACAGAGGACGAAGAGGACAGCAAGCUUAAUACGAUUUUCGAACAGCUAUCUACGAAGAACGAGGAUGAAGAGCAGAGUGUGAGUCACAUGAACACAAACUCGCCAUACAUUCUAUUUCAGUCCCCCUUGGUGGACCAAGGUAAGGCUUUUGGAUUGUACAAGGCACUCUUUUCGAAGGCGUCGCUAGAUACCGGAAACGUGUUGGAGGAGGUGAGUCAGAUCUCGUCGGAGCCCAAGCGGCUGGGCACUUCUGUGCUUCUUAUGAUUGGAGGAGGCCAUUUUGCAGGUGCCGUUGUUUCUCAUACACCCAAGAACCUCAAGGGUCUAGCGCCCAACCACAAGAUCCUGAAGCAGGAGCAGCAGGUGAAUGUGCUUGAGUCGAAGACGUUCCACAGGUACACCACGAGAAGGAAACAGGGUGGAUCGCAGAGUGCCUCGGAUAAUUCCAGAGGAAAAGCCAAUUCGGCAGGUUCUUCUAUAAGAAGGUACAACGAGCAGGCGCUCCAGCAGGAGGUCAGAGAGCUACUCAAUCUGUGGAAGUCGCAUUUGCAAAAUGCCGACUUUGUAUUUAUUAGAGCCAAUGCGGUGGCAAACAAGCGGGCUUUGGUGGGUUACGAAGGCGCCCCAUUGGCAGCUGACGAUAAACGAAUCAGGAAUUUUCCGUUCACCACCAAAAGAGCCACUCUUUCUGAAUUGAAGCGGGCCUGGGUCCAGCUCGCUCACAUGCAAGUGGUGGAUCUCCCGAAAGCCAAGAAGGUUACUGUGAAGAAGGCAGAUAUCUCCAAGGUGCAGAAAACACCGUCUCCAGCGCCAGAGCUUUCUGAGUCUGACAAGCAUACAAAAGAGAUUAUCAACUUGCUCAAGAAGCUGAAGGCACCGAUGUUGAUCAACUACUUGAAGAAGAAUGGAUUGGAUGCCAAUUACCAAUUCACACCUGGUAACCAGCAUGCUCAUGCUCCCACACCACUUCAUUAUGCUGCAUCACAGGGUCUUCACCACAUGAUCCACGUGUUGUUGGUUAAUCUAAAAGCAGACCCAACCAUUCUUAAUGCCAUUGGAAAGACCGCCGCUCAGAUGAGCUCCACAUCUACGGCGAAGAAGACUUUCCAAAUUGCAAGAAAUACACUUGGAGAGGAGUUUACGGAUUGGACUGCUGCUAAAGUGGGACCUCCAAGAACCAGGGAGGAAGUGGCUAAGGAGGAAGAGCAGCAAAAGAAACAGCAGGAGGCAGAAAACCGUCGUUUGAUAGAGGAGGAAUUGGCGAAAAAGACAGAAAUGGAGCAAAAGAAGCCUACAUUUUCCUCCGGUGGCACUCUUGGUGGCAAAGUCCAAAACCGUCCAUCUGAGACGAGGAACAACGAGCCAGAGCUGCGGAGGCAAGAAUGA